CCGUUCCAUUUCCCGGUAUUACAUUGCCAGCAAACCAAAACACACGGGAAUAUUCCCGCUACCAUUUUCCGAAUCGGGAUUGCAAUUGCGCCAAAUUGCCAUGGCGGACUUGGAUGAAGAUUUCACCGCUUCUUCGGAUGAAGACUUCAUUGCGUCGUCGAAUGAAGAUUUUAAAGCUGCUUCGGAUGAAGAAUCUAAUAAAAUUGAUAGAGUCACAAGAAAACGUACAAUGGAAGACACUGGGCCAGAAACCUCGUCAAAAUUGUCCCGGUCGAAGUCUCCAACGGAGUCCAAGCGGAAGCAGGCCCGGUUGCCAACAACCAUGGCGGCGCUAACAUCAAUGAAAAGACAAGUUGAAUCGCUUCUCCGGGGCUCACACUACGACCAAAACGUUUCGUUACGUGUUAUUACAGCCGCCCUCAGGCUUCAAGAGGACUAUAUUUCCAAAAAAUCCAAAAAAAAAGGCCACACUCUACCACCACCCGAAGUUCAAAACACUGUGUGUCAUCUGCUUGGCGUUUCACCCGAGAACUACACCGACAUUGUAUCACAAUUCCUCAAAGACGGCUCUAUUUAUUUCAGUGGUGCAGGAGGGGACGGGAGGGGAGGAUGUAUGGACCAAAAAGAGACUCGAAUCCCUCGUACGAAAAAUGUUACCAUUGCCAUCCGUGAAUUUGUUCGUACGGAGCGGAAGAAUCGAAAACGGGUGACUGCUCGGCAGGUCUUGGAUUUUCUGGCUAGAGAAGAUAUCCUGCACAUACCAGUUGAUCAGAGAACAGGAUUGUACGAGAAAAACGAACUCAGGGUGGCUUUACGGAAUGUGUUACGGUUUUUAAAAGGCCAGGGCUACAGGAGGGGUCGUCAGAACAACAUUGCCCCAGAUCCUUCAUUGAUUGUAAAACGCCACGAAUACCUAUACAGGCUCUUUGAAAAUGAAGCAUUGUCAAAAGAGGAAAGGCUCCGCAAUGUUUACGUAGGUGAGAGUUACAUCCAUGGGCAUUAUAAAAGGAGCAAUGAUAGCCUUAAGGAUCCAAGCAACAACUUGGACGUUAAAUUUGGCAAGCCAAAGCAAAAAGGAUGGCAAUAUCACUUUGCUGCUGCAAUACAGGGCCCAAAUCCAUUGGUAGACAACCCCAGUAUUGUAUCAGAAAUGGCUGGAUUGGUUCCAGGAACAGUGUGGGCCUUCUGCCCCCACCAGAAGCAAAGUCACCAAGGUGACUACCACAAAGAUUUUAAUGGGGAAAAUUUUGUGGCCUGGUGGAAAAAUCAGCUGCUCCCAAAUUUGCACCAGCCUUCUCUUGUCCAUAUGGAUAAUGAGGCAUAUCACAAAGUGUAUGGUGAUCAUGUGCCAAAAUGGAGCACAAUGCGGAAGCAAGAGUGCAUGGAAUUUCUCCAUUCAAAAGGUAUCAAGCUGGAGUCGGAGUAUUCCGCUGUUGUGCUGAAAGUUUUGGUGAAGGAUUGGAUUCUUGCAAAUGAAAAGUUUGAGUGUGUCAGGCUAGCAGAAGAACAAGGACACAAAGUCCUUUUUACACCACCAUAUCAUAGUGAUCUUCAGCCAAUUGAGCUGACAUGGGCUUGGAUAAGAGGUAAAUUUGGCACACAGCACAGUGUUGGUACUACACUGGCGCUGGUCCAUGAACGACUGCUACAUGAGUUUGAAAUGUUGGAGGAGUCAGGACAUGGUGCCAUCCAAGGUAUGAUAAACAAGUGUGUCAGGAUUGCAAAAACAUUUUAUGAUGACAUUCCAGAGGAGGAGUUAGCAGAGGAGGCUUUAGAAGAUGAGGAAGAAGAUGAUUAUGAUGACUAUGAGGCAGGAUAUGAUGAAGGGGUUUCCUGAAAACAUUGCAGUCCAAAGCUUUAUUGAAGAGAAACUAGAGGAUGUAAAUUUUGCAACUAAGUUGUCUUGGAGAAGGAGGACAUAGGCUUUGUAUAAUUUCUAGUUAGUUUCUGGGUUAUUGAACC